GAAAGUAACAGGAACCAAACCUUUAUUUCCAGCGUAAAGCUUCAUAAAACAAAAGUAAAAACGCAACCGUGCCGGUGUCUCGCGCGCACACGGGCUCCGUGAGUGUCUAGUGGCACGGUCCGGUGUCGGGGAAUCCGGUUCCAGGAUCCAGGUUGACUCUGUUCCGGGUUUUCGCCCCGCCCUCUUCUGAUCAAUGAAACUCAUCGCGCACAGUGAGCGAGCGGCGCGGCGCGUCAGUCAGAGGAGAGGAACCAACGCGCGUGUGUCUGUCCGCGUCACCGGGAUCGAGGAUGGAGACUCGCGCUGUUUAACGGCUCGGUAACGCUCGCGCUGAUCUCUUCCAUUCACGGGAGCGGAGGAUCCUCCGUCGUGCGGAUUGAUUGAUUGAUUAAUAUCGGAUUUAACGGAUUUUGAUCCCGAUGAUCAUGGGCUGCGUCACUGGAGAUAUUCCCCGGAGCAGACUUUACGCACUCCUCAUCGGGCUGCACGUCCUCUCCGGUGUCUCCAUCACGCACGGCUCGGACGCCCGGCGGUCUUUCGUGGAGCUGCGGUUCGUGCUGGAGCCUCAGGACUCGGUGACGGUUCGGGGCGGUGUGCUGCAGCUGGACUGCGAGGCGCGCUCGGAUCAGGGCGUUCCGGUCAUCUCCUGGAAGAAGGACGGUGUUCUGCUGAGCGCGGUGGUGGACGAGCGCAGACGGCUGCUGUCCAACGGGUCGCUCCUGGUGCAGAACGUGCUGCACUCGCGUCACCACCGGCCGGACGAGGGCUCGUAUCAGUGCCUGGCCACGCUGGAGGGCCUCGGAGCCAUCGUCAGCCGCACCGCUAAAGUCACCGUCGCCGGUCCUCUGCGAGUGGUGGUCCCCACCGAGUCGGUCUCGGCUCAUCUGGGUGACACGGCACUUCUGCGCUGUGAGGUGACCGGUGAGCCUAUGCCUGUGGUGCGCUGGCAGAAGAACAGGGAGGACCUGCCCUUGACCUUUGACCCUGACAGCAGAGUGGUCAUCUUACCCUCCGGCUCUCUGCAGGUCAGCAGGGUCCAGCCGCCGGACUCGGCCACAUACCGCUGCUUAGCAGAGAACCCCAGCAGCUCCCGCAGCGGCACAGACGCAGACCUGCGCGUCAUACCGGAGCCUGGAGUAGCGCGAGCGCUGACGUUCCUCCAGAGGCCUCAGAAGGUCACGGCUCUUCAGGGCAGGGAUGCGGUUCUAGAAUGUUCCGCCUCUGGUUUUCCCAACCCCUCGUUCUUCUGGAUGAGAGGAGACGAGCUGAUCCAGAGCAGAUCAAAGAAGUACUCUCUCCUGAGCGCCAGCAACCUUCUGAUCAGCAGCGUCACAGACGACGACUCGGGAACAUACACCUGCGUCGCUCACAACAGACAGCAGAACAUCUCAGCGUCCUGCGAGCUCUCCGUGCUCGUGCCUCCUCAGUUCCUCAGCUUCCCGUCCAACACGUAUGCGUAUGAAAGCACGGACAUCGAGAUGGAGUGUGCCGUGACGGGAAACCCGCAGCCCACCGUCCGCUGGGUGAAGAACGGAGAGGCCGUCAUUCCCAGCGACUACUUCCAGAUCGUGGAGGGCGGUCAUCUCCAGAUUCUGGGUCUGGUUCGCUCAGAUGAGGGUUUCUAUCAGUGCAUCGCUGAGAACGAGGCGGGAAACAGUCAGGCGAUGGCUCAACUCAUCCUGCUGCAGCCCGUGUCCCCGAGCUCAGGCGCCCUCCCCUCCGCCCCCCGUGAUGUGGCCCCCGUCCUCGUGUCCAGCCGUUUCGUGCGCCUCGGCUGGCGCCCCCCAGAGGAGCCGCGAGGGACCGUCCUGACCUACGCCGUCUUCUUCUCUGAGGAGGGAAUCAACAGGGAGCGCAGCCUGAACGUGACGGAGGCCGAGGGUCUGCAGCUGACGGUCAGUAAUCUCCGGCCGGAGGUCUCGUACUCCUUCAGAGUGCUGGCGUAUAAUGAGCAGGGGCCCGGAGAGAGUUCAGAGGUCAUCCGACUGUCCACUCAACCAGAGCUUCUGGUUCCUGGUCCAGUGGAGAACCUGCGGGCAGAAGCUGCGUCUGCUUCGUCCAUCCAGGCGUCCUGGGAUCCUCCGUCCCACACCAGCGGUCCGGUGCAGAGCUACAGACUGCUGUGGACCGAGACCUCCACUGGCAAAGAGCAGAACGUGGAGGUGGUGGGUCAGAGCUACAGGAUGGAGGGCCUGAAGAAGUUCACCGAGUAUUCGUUACGAGUGCUGGCGGUCAAUCGACACGGUCCGGGCCUCUCUGAUAAACACAUGCUCAUCACCACGCUCUCAGACGUGCCCAGCGCUCCACCGCAGAACGUCUCACUGGAGGUCGUCUACUCACGGAGCAUUAAGGUGAGCUGGCAGCCGCCGCCUGCAAACACGCAGAACGGAUUCAUCACCGGAUACAAGAUCCGCCACCGCAAAAUGGGCCGGCGGGGGGAACAGGAAGCCAUCGAACCCAACAACCUCUGGUACCUGUUCACCGGAUUGGAGAAAGGCAGCCAGUACAGCUUCCAGGUGGCAGCGAUGACGGUCAAUGGCACGGGGCCCAGCAGCGAGUGGCACACGGCCGAGACGCCGGAGAACGACCUGGACGAAACUCAAGUUCCCAACCAGCCGAGCUCUCUGCACGUGCGUCCGCUGCCCAACAGCAUCAUCAUGAGCUGGACGCCGCCGCUCAACCCCAACAUCCUGGUGCGCGGAUACAUCAUCGGCUACGGAGUGGGCAGCCCAUACGCCGAGACCGUGCGAGUGGACAGCAAGCAGCGCUACUACUCCAUCGAGAACUUAGAGCCCAGCUCUCAUUACGUCAUCUCUCUGAAGGCCUUCAAUAACGCGGGUGAAGGAGUUCCUCUGUACGAGAGCGCGGUCACCAGAUCCAUGUCAGACCCCUCAGACACGUCCGAUGACGAUCUGUUCCAUCUGUUUGAUAAAUUCCCUACCCCGAUCCCAGACACGUCCACGCCCAUGAUUCCUCCCGUAGGUGUGCAGGCCGUGGCGCUCACGUCCGACUCUGUGCGGGUCAGCUGGGCCGAUAACUCCAUUCCCAAGAACCAGAAGACCUCGGAGGUGCGCUACUACUCCGUCAAGUGGAAGACCAGCCACUCCACCAGCGGCAAAUACAAGUCGGCUGAUACUACAGCUCUCAGUCACACCGUCACGGGUCUGAAGCCCAACACCAUGUACGAGUUCUCCGUCAUGGUGACUAAAGGACGCAAGUCCAGCACAUGGAGUAUGACGGCACACGCCACCACAUACGAAGCAGCGCCGAGCUCCGCCCCUAAGGACUUGACUGUGAUUGGCCGAGAGGGACGUCCACGAGCCAUUUUGAUUAGCUGGCAGCCGCCGCUAGAAGCUAACGGUCGAAUCACAGGUUAUAUCCUGUACUACACACUGGACAAGAACAUGCCCAUCGACGACUGGGUGAUGGAGCCCAUCGGUGGAGACCGCCUCACACACCAGGUCAUGGACCUCAACCUGGACACCGUCUACUACUUCCGCAUCCAGGGCAAGAACGCUAAAGGAGUGGGGCCGCUGUCGGAGCCGGUGCAGUACAGGACGGCCAAAGUUGAGCAUCCUGACAAGAUGGCCAAUGAUCAAGGUCGCCAUGGAGACAGCGGUUACUGGCCUCCUGAUAAUAACCUGCUGGACAUGAGCAGUCUGAACGAGCCUCCGAUCGGUCAGAUGCGUCCUCCUCAUGGCAGCGUGACGCCGCAGAAGAACAGCAACCUGCUGGUGAUCAUCGUUGUUUCCAUAGGAGCCGUUACCGUGGUGGUGGUGGUGAUCGUCGCCCUGAUCUGCACCCGCCACUCGUCCGCCCAGCAGAGGAAGAAGCGUGCGACACACAGCGCAGGGAAGCGGAAGGGCAGCCAGAAAGACCUACGACCUCCUGACCUCUGGAUCCAUCAUGAGGAGAUGGAGCUGAAGAACAUAGAGAAGCCCUCGAGCUCCGCCCCCUCCGGCCGCGAGUCGCCCAAUCAGAGCGGCCAGGAGAUGGCACCAGUCAGCCACAGCCAAUCAGAGAGCCAGAUGGGCAGCAAGAGCAGCCACUCAGGUGCAGAUGGAGAUGAAGCUUCCAGCAGUAUUUCCACGUUAGAGCGAUCGUUAGCCGCCCGCAGGGCCACGCGCACCAAGAUGAUGAUUCCCAUGGACUCUCAGCCCAGCAACACACCGGUGGUGAGUGCCAUCCCAGUUCCCACGCUGGACAGCAGUCAGUAUCCAGGCAUCCUGCCGUCACCCAGCUGUGGAUUCACCACACACCCCAAAUUCACCCUGAGACCCAUGCAGUUCUCCACACUGAGCGUCGACCGCAGUUACGCGGCCGCGAUGUCAGCGGAGGGCUCUGCUCCAGUAGCCCCGCAGCAGCUGAUUCCCACGGCGCAGUCGGAGCCGUCGGUCUCGGAGGAGAUUCCCAGCCGCACCAUCCCGACCGCCUGUGUGCGGCCCACACAUCCCCUGCGCAGCUUCACCAACCCUCUCCUGCCUCCACCCAUGUGCACCAUCGAGCCCAAGGUCUACACGCCCAUGACAGGUGGGAGUUUACCCAAACCGCAGGUGAAGACGGCUUCUCUGGGUCAGGCUGGGAAGGCUCGCUCUCCGUUACUGCCCGUGUCAGUGCCGACCGCUCCGGAGACGGCUGAAGACGGACAGCAAGCGGACGAACUGCCCAGCUUGGACGAUCUGAGCGUGGAGAUGGCCAGUCUGGAAGGUCUGAUGAAGCAGCUCAGUGCCAUCACGGGUUCGGCCUUUUAACACACACACACACACACACACACACACAGAUGCAGAGGAGCGAACGCCUGGAACGAGGAAACACAGACUCUCUGGCGUUCACCUUCCUCUGAGAUCCACCUGAAGCCCUCAAACGGAAAUAUAAAAAGGGAAAAUGACUCCAAACCGAAUCUCUGCGCUGGAGAGCAAGCGUGUCUUUUCUAACACUGUCUGAGAUUUUAUACUGGUUUCUGAACACGGCCGUGUGAAUCCAUCCCACUGAACGCAGAUCCAUUCGGGAUGAAGACUCUCGAGUAUCGUCCGAUGGGAUCAUUAGUGAUUCAUCUCAAACCCGAUUGAUCGGAGUUGCCAAAAUGCAAACCCUCUGACUUUUCAUUGACAUCUUGCCAAUCUAUUGCUGCCAAAAUCCCUGGAACACUCUUUACUAGGGAACUGUGUAUUCAUAGAAGGAGGAGGUCGGACGCCGGACAUGCCAUCGGCUGGAUGAGAAAACACUGAUUUAGUUGCAGAUUUUCAUCUUAUUUGUCUUCACCUAUCUUUGUGAAUCUCUUUACUACACAAACGUCAUAUUGGUUUAUUAUUUCCCAGCGCUGUGCUCUUCGUUUCACAUCGUGUGUUUCCUGUCACCCACGUGUGCUGCCAAAAAUGAUUUUCCAGUAAAAAUAUCUAAAUGUUCUUAAAUCAAGAUGCAUUAACUUGAGAAGAAAAAUGCCGAGUUUUCUGAAAAAGUUAUAAAAAUGAAGUAAAUUUACACUUUUCACUUUAAAUUUUUCUGAACCCGUUGGGAGAUUUUUUUUCCUUCUUUUUCUGGUUUUAGGCAUAAAUUUACUUUAUUUUUACAAAAAUUUCUUAAAACUAGACUUAAUUUUGACACAUCAUAAGCUCUUUCAUUCAUCUCUACUAUUUGCGUUUAAAACCAUUUUAUAUUAGAGUUUUUAUGUGCCUAUACAUAUUUUCAUUCACUUUUUGGUCACUUUAUUUAUUUGCUGUGUUGCGAGAGAGAAGGAGGAUGAAAUGUGUCUCUAUAUUUGAUAUUUUUCUGUCGUUCAGAUGCUGUUUUUACAGAUGCAGCGAGCGAUUGAUGGACUGAUCGAUGGACUUGGGUUUCUACGAUAUAUUUAAUGUAUGAUUUCGAUCGUUUCUUUCACAGUAAUUUAUGAAGAGGAUGAGAUGAAUUGUAGAGCUUUUAUUUAACCCUUUAGGAGAAUAAAUGAUGAGGAAUUCUGGGACGGAUGUCACUGUGCUUUUGAAUGAAGAUAUCAUCAUUACACACAUUCAGCUGUCUGAUGUUUGUGUGUGUGUGUCGUGUUACAUGUGAUCGACAUCAUUCCUGAGAUCUGGAGACGUUUGGAUUCUCACACGUCUGAAAUCCAUCAGUAUUUUUCUUUCAGAAGCAUAGAGUCUGUGUCUGUCAUUCCCUCACACAGUCUGUUCAUCUUUCUCACAGGGAAGAAUCACAAUUCCUGCUUUAAUGGAAAAGUUCACAGGAAAAUAAAUGUUGUUCCAAACCAUGAAGAACUAAAGCAGAAUCUUCUCGCAGCUCUGUUCUGUUCACAGUGACGGACACAGUUGUGUCUAUGUAAUAUCUCACUUUUGAGAUUAAAAAAAGUUAACAUUUUAUGGCGGUAAAAAAAGGUUGCCAGAAAUUAAAUGAGUAAAGCAAGCAAAAUGUUUAUAUCCUGCUAUUCUGUCUUUAUUUCUCUGAGUUGCGAGUUCAUUUCUGACAGUUCUGAGUUAAUCAAGUCGGAUUUCUGAAUUCUAACAGAUUCUGAGCAAUUCUGAAAAAAAAAAAAGUCUCAAAAAAGUCAGAAUAACGAGAUAUAAACUUUAUAUAUUCUUUAUGUAUUUCAUUAUUUUGUCUCAGUUGUAAGUUUAUACCUCGCAGUUCUGACUUUUGUGUGAAUUGCAUUGUGCAAUUGUUGUGAAAUCAAAAGUAUCUUUUUAUUUUUAUUGCAGCUCAGUUCAUUUCAAGAUGAACACGGCACACAAGUCAUUUUAGUUUGCACCUUCAGUUGUGUAGAAUUGAGCGUCGUGGUCACGGUUCGUACCGGACGGGUUUGAGCAGCAUUCUCUUUCCAGUGAACUCUUCCUGUAACUGUGAUGUGAUUGAUCUCUGACAGAAUCACUUUUAUUACCCGCAUUGAUUAUAGAAUCAGAAGACAGCGCUGAGGAGCAUGAGCAAGCGUGUUAGAGACACGUUCUCCGCUCAUGAGAGGAGGAAUCAGUCUUAUGUGUAUUUUACUCCAUCCUUAAAUUGUCCAAUGUUAGUAUCGUUAAUCAAAUUAGAGUAGUGAUUGAGAUCUGAAAUGCGGUUUGCCUCCGGCUGUUUCUACCCAUGACCUUGUAUACGAUUACUGGUUUUUUAAUGCACUGUAGAACAGUCCAAUGUUCCUUUUUAUAUAGAAAUGUUGUUUGAAUGGUGCAUUGUUUUUGUUUGAUAAAU